UAUGAUGAUCCUCCGGUGGAUGAAAGGUCUGGCUACAGAGUUCGAAAUGUUCUUUCAAGCUGCGACUGAAAACUGCCGCUGACGAUCCUCUGCUGCAGUGAGAAACGAGAGACGGAACAAAAGCGAGUCAUGGAGAGCAGGAAACCAGAUGUCCUGCAGCUGCAUUUGAUUAAAGACGAAGUUUCUACUGAGCAGCAGGAGGGCAGCUCCAGUCUAGACCAUCGGGGGGAAGAGCCUCAUCUCAUGAAAGAAGUGAAAGAGGAGGAAGAAGAACAUGAUGUCUCCCAGCUCUCAUUCAUUCCUGUGGAUCUGAAGACUGAAGAUGAUGAGAAGCCUCCAACCAGCAGCUUAACUCAACACAUGAAAAUAGAAGCUGAUGUAGACAACUGUGGAGGAUUGGACACACCUCUCCUCCCUGACCAGCAGAGGUCACUCUCUUCUGGGUCUGACACUGAUGACAGUGAAGACUGGAGAGAAACCGACAACUCUCAGAGUGGGUCAAUGGUUCACGACAGUGAGACGAAAGAUGGUGCAGAUGACAGAUCACCGAUCUGCUCUGGAUGUGGGAGAAAAUGUUCCUCGAAAGGUGGACUGGCGAGACACAUGAAAUCCUGCUCUGGAGGAUCAUUUACUUGUUCAAGUUGUGGAAAAUGUUUUGGGAAGAGACAAUCUCUGAAGAUCCACAUGACAGUCCACACCAAUGAAAAACCUUUCAGCUGCUCUCAGUGUGAUAAAUCUUUCAACAGGCGAAGUAUCUUGGAGGAACACAUAAAAAGUCACUCUGGUGAUAAACCUUUCCUCUGCUCUCAGUGUGGUAAAGGUUUUAAGCAAAGGAGGAGCCUAAAAGACCACAUGAUGAGUCAUACAGGCCUCAAACCUUUCUCCUGUUCUCAGUGUGAUAAAUGUUUUCUGCACAAAAGGAACCUGAUGAAUCACAUGAUAAGUCAUCAAGGUGCAAAACCUUUUCCCUGCCCUCAGUGUGAUAAAUGUUUUUUGCAUCAGCGGAACCUGAAGGAGCACUUGAUGAGUCAUACCGGAGAAAAACCUUUCAGCUGCUCUCAGUGUGAUAAAUCUUUUAACAGGAGAAGCAGCUUGGAGGAACAUACGAGAAUUCACACUGGUGAAAAACCUUUCCCCUGCUCUCAGUGUGGUAAAGGUUUUAAGCGGAAGAAGAACCUGAAGGAGCACAUGAAGAGUCAUGCAGGCUUAAAACCUUUUACAUGUUUUCAGUGUGAUAAAUGUUUUAUGCACAAAAGGAACCUGAAGAUUCACAUGAUGAAUCAUACUGGUGAAAAGCCUUUCCCUUGCUCUCAAUGUGACAAAUGCUUUACACACAGAUACAACCUGGAGGAGCACAUGAAGAGUCAUACAGGUGAAAAACCUUUCUCCUGUUCUCAGUGUGAUAAAUGUUAUACAAACAAAAUUGGCCUAAAGAAACACAUGGUAAAACACAAUGUAGAAAAACCUUUCUCCUGCUCUCAAUGUGGGAAAGGUUUUCCCCAGAAAAGGGACCUGAAGGAGCACAUGAUCGGUCAUACAGGUCUAAAACUUUUCUCUUGUUCUCAAUGUGAUAAAUGUUUCAUGCACAAAAGGAACCUGAAGAACCACAUGAUGAUUCAUACAGGUGUAAAACCUUUCUCUUGCUCUCAUUGUGGUAAAGAUUUUACACUAAGAUGGGACCUAGAAGCGCACUUUGUGAUCCAUACCGGAGAAAAACCUUUCUCCUGUUCUCAUUGUAAUAAAUGUUAUACACACAAAAGGAGCCUGAAGGCUCACAUGAAAAGUCACAUGUUAAAAACACCUUCCAGCUGCUCCCAGUAUACUAAACAUUUUAAAUGUCUAUCCAACUUAGAGGAACAGCUGAGAAACCACGCCGGUGACAAAUCUAGUUCUCCGUAGUUGUCCAUGUGAUUUAGGUUUUCUGCGAAGAGGACGUCUGUCUUGUAACUAACUUGAGCUUCUCAAUGUUAUUCAGACAUGACCUUCAACAUGUCGAGCUCUCCAUUUGGAAGAUAGAUUCUGUUAAAUAACUUCAGUGGUUUUAACCAAUUAAUUAAUGCAGUUAAAACAUGUCUUCUGAUAUCAAGUUGUUGCCAUGUUUAUGGAGAUUAAAUCUAUUUGAUUCUAAUUUUUGUUUUCAGAACAGUAUCUUUAGUUGUCAGUGGUUUCCCACAUGGAUGGUGCCGUCUUCUCAUUGAGGUCCCUUAUUUUCCAGUGACAAACGAAAGUGUUUGGGUGGUUGUCAGGCAUUCUGAACGCGCCAUCUUUCUGUCUAUUGUGCAUUUGGUUUAGCCAUGUUUGGUCAACUCACGCCUGGACAAAUGUGUGGUCAUUUUUCUGAGCUGACAUUUCACAUACCAAGU